ACGUGAUCAUAUGAUCGGAUUGAGUACAGAGCAAUCCAAAAUUUUGGAUUUCACAGCGAGGACGACGAUAUAGUCGUCUGUGCACACUUGACCUCCAGGCUGCGACCAUGGCCUCCUUCUCACUCCCACCUAUCAACGACAACCCAGACGGCGGUUGGGGCCCGUCCACGUCCAAUCUGCCCGCGCAAUUCAAGUUCAGGGACAUCCCGUACGCGCCGUACUCAAAAUCUGACAAGCUUGGUCGUUUCGCCGAUUGGAACGACAUCUCGGGAGACAAUCGUCCGAAUGUAGGCCCCGCAGCUCAGGGAGGCGGUCGGGGAGGCGGACCAGGAGCGAGGGGAAGACGAGAUGGCCAGCCUGCGUUCGGCAGCGGUGCAGCGAGCGCGUUUGCUUACUUCCACGCGGAAGACGAGUCUAGCUUCUCUCUGGUCGACAGCAGGGUGGGCCCGACUCGCAGAGGUGGAGCCCUCGGUAGAGGACGAGGUAUUGGACGUGGCGGCGCUUCGAACAGAGGUGCCUCGCAGCGCGGUGGACGCGGUGGAUUUACUGGCGGGCGUGGUGGUAACUUUCAACGAGGAGGGAGGAGAGGAUGGAAAGACUGGGAUAAGAAUAACCGCACACGCGAAGCUUCCGUUGCGAUUUCUCCUGAAUGGCAAAUGCUCGAGGAGAUUGAGUUCCAUCGUCUGUCUAAGCUGCGGCUUGAAGUUGAUGACCCUGAAGAGUUGGGUUCAUACGGCAAGCUGUUCCCGUACGACAAAUCCUAUGAUCGUAUUACCACCAAAUCGGAGCGGCCGCUGCAACUGGUCGAUCGUAUCAAGUACAAUACGACGACGUCCGACGAUCCAGUCAUUAGUGAUUUGGCAUCAAAAGAAACUGCAACUGUAUACACCACGGAUGUCAUUCUCAGCGGCCUCAUGGUGGCGCCGCGGUCGGUAAACCCAUGGGACAUCGUUGUGGUUCGCGAAGGGAACAAGCUUUUCCUAGACAAACGAGAUGGCGGUCCCUUUGACACCGUGACCGUCAAUGAGAACGCAGCCGAUCCUCCCCAGGAUCCUGCCACCGUCAAUCCCAACAACCCGAACGAGAAGAUCGCGGUUCCAGAAACUCCGACGAUCAACUCUGCUACAUCGCUGUCGCUGGAAGCCACUUACAUCAACCAGAACUUUGGCUUCCAGUCAGUUACUGAAACACCCCCACCACCGGCUGUCGAGUUUGACAAGCCUAACCCCUUCUACGGCCCGGAGGAGACGGAGCCCCUGGCCUCAUGCGGUUACCGCUACCGGGUCUUCGACCUUGGUAUCACAGAGGACGAGGACGUCAAGAUCUGCGUCCGUACUGAAGUCGACGCCUACUCUCCUGGCCAGGGCAAUCCUCGCUCGGGGCAGGGACUUGUUACCAUCCGCGCUCUGAACGAGUUUGACCCCCGCUCGCAGGGCGCGGGUGGUGCGCCUGACUGGCGGACCAAGCUCGAUCCCCAGCGUGGCGCUGUCGUCGCCACCGAGAUGAAGAACAACAGCUGCAAGCUGGCUAAGUGGACGGUGCAGAGCGUGCUUGCUGGUGCUGACCUCAUGAAGAUUGGUUUCAUAUCGCGCGUGAAUCCCCGUGACAACACGCGCCAUGUCAUUAUGGGCUCAAUUUCUACCCGCCCGAUGGACUUUGCCGCCCAGCUAAACGUCUCGCUUGCCAACGGCUGGGGUAUCGUCCGCACCGUCACGGACAUGUGUAUGAAGCAGCCGGACGGCAAGUACGUCCUGGUCAAGGAUCCGAACAAGCCGGUGCUCCGACUGUACGCUGUUCCUCUCAAUGCUUUCACUGGCGAGGACGAAGACGAGGAAGGUGGCCUCGACGGCGAAGAACUCGACUCCGCCGCCUAAGAUGCACAUGUAUUGCUAGGGGCUUCUCCUUAUCGUAGCCUUAGACUGUAUCUUGACACGCAUAUCGCAAUGUUCAUAAAACUCGCAUCUGAAGCUCAGUUCGGUCAUGGUUC